CAGGCGCGCGAGGCGGCAGAAGCUGCUUCCGGCCGUGUUGGUGGUGUGAAUUGAGGUGUCGCGACCAAGGGAAGAUGGAGACAAUUUUGGAGCAGCAGCGGCGAUACCAUGAGGAGAAAGAACGGCUCAUGGACGUCAUGGCCAAAGAGAUGCUCACUAAGAAGUCCACGCUCCGGGACCAGAUCAAUUCCGACCACCGCACCCGGGCUAUGCAAGAUAGGUAUAUGGAGGUCAGUGGGAACCUGAGGGAUUUGUAUGAUGAUAAAGAUGGAUUACGAAAGGAGGAGCUUAAUGCUAUUUCAGGACCCAAUGAGUUUGCUGAAUUCUAUAACAGACUCAAGCAAAUAAAGGAAUUCCAUCGGAAGCACCCAAAUGAGAUCUGUGUGCCUAUGUCAGUGGAAUUUGAGGAGCUCCUGAAAGCUCGUGAGAAUCCAAGCGAAGAGGCACAAAACCUGGUGGAGUUCACAGAUGAAGAGGGAUAUGGGCGGUACCUUGAUCUCCAUGACUGUUACCUCAAGUACAUUAACCUGAAGGCAUCUGAGAAGCUGGAUUAUAUCACGUACCUGUCCAUCUUUGACCAGUUAUUUGACAUUCCUAAAGAAAGGAAGAAUGCAGAGUAUAAGAGAUACCUAGAGAUGCUGCUUGAGUACCUUCAGGAUUACACAGAUAGAGUGAAACCCCUUCAAGAUCAGAACGAACUUUUUGGGAAGAUUCAGACUGAGUUUGAGAAGAAAUGGGAUAAUGGUACCUUUCCUGGAUGGCCGAAAGAGACAAGCAGUGCCCUGACCCAUGCUGGAGCCCAUCUUGACCUCUCUGCAUUCUCUUCCUGGGAGGAGUUGGCCUCCUUGGGUCUGGACAGAUUGAAAUCUGCACUCUUAGCUUUAGGCCUGAAAUGUGGGGGGACCCUAGAAGAGCGAGCCCAGAGGCUAUUCAGCACCAAAGGAAAGUCCCUAGAAUCUCUUGACACUUCUCUGUUUGCCAAAAAUCCAAAAUCAAAGGGCACUAAGCGUGACACUGAGCGGAACAAGGACAUUGCUUUCCUCGAAGCCCAGAUUUAUGAAUAUGUGGAGAUUCUCGGGGAACAGCGACAGCUCACGCAUGAAAAUGUGCAGCGCAAGCAAGCCAGGACAGGAGAAGAGCGUGAAGAGGAGGAGGAAGAGCAGAUUAGUGAGAGUGAAAGUGAAGAUGAAGAGAAUGAGAUCAUUUAUAACCCCAAAAACCUGCCCCUGGGCUGGGAUGGCAAACCCAUUCCCUACUGGCUAUAUAAGCUUCAUGGCCUAAAUAUCAACUACAACUGUGAGAUUUGUGGAAACUACACCUACCGAGGACCUAAGGCCUUCCAGCGGCACUUUGCUGAAUGGCGUCAUGCCCAUGGCAUGAGAUGUUUGGGCAUUCCAAACACUGCCCACUUCGCUAAUGUGACACAGAUUGAAGAUGCUGUCUCCUUAUGGGCCAAGCUGAAACUGCAGAAGGCUUCAGAAAGAUGGCAGCCUGACACUGAGGAAGAGUAUGAAGACUCCAGUGGGAAUGUUGUAAAUAAGAAGACGUAUGAAGAUCUGAAAAGACAAGGAUUGCUCUAGAGUGCAGGAUGAAGCUCAGCCUUUGGGCUUGCCCAGGCUGCCCUAAGGUCUUCUUUUUCUAUUUCUCUCAACCAAAUGCUCUUAAAGACUGCUACAUAGUCUUAGGGUCUGGCAUGCAUCUUGUAGAAACAAGGCAUGCUGAAAGAUAAAAGGGUUGAGAUGUAUUUUAUCUUUGUUUUAUAUUAAAAAAAGAUCCUGUGGGAAAAUAAAACUAAUCCCUUAUUCUGAA